AUGACAGUACACAAACUGGUUGGAAAAUCAACUACGAACCAAAAUCUUCCGUGUCACACGAACAACCUACAAUUAUUAGGCUCGAAAGACCAAAGCUUGGUCUUGGUAAAACGGCCACUUAUGUUGGCUGUAGUAUGGCUGUAUCAGCUGGAAAACGAAAAGUAUGUCUGGGUUGUUUUUCAACCUCAGGGUUUGGCGAUUUUAUGUGUGAAAUAAGAUCAGAUCCAAAACAUCGUUCAAAAGUAGCGAAAAAAUGGAACUUAUAG